CCUAUAUAUGCACACAGAUCAUGCCUAUGGAUGCUUAUCAUCUUCUUAAGAAGCCCUUCAGAAAAAUAACCCAGUUUUUGUUUUCCAUUUUCAUUGUACAUUUAACCCUUUCCUUCAACAUAUAUAUAUAUAUAUAUAUAUAAUAUAUAUACACACUCUUCUCGUCAUUAUAAACAAACCCCAGCUUUAAGGCAGAGAGAUAUAUGGCCAGAGAGAUGCAAAAGAACACCAUGUUCAUUGAACAAAACACUGGCGACUAUGAAAAUGGUGACCCUCAAAAGAAUUUGGAUGAUGAUGGUCGAGAAAAAAGAACUGGGACUUGGGUUACUGCAAGUGCUCAUAUUAUCACAGCUGUGAUUGGGUCUGGAGUAUUAUCACUGGCAUGGGCGAUUGCUCAGUUAGGUUGGGUGGUUGGACCGGCGGUUCUUAUAGCUUUCUCCUUCAUCACCUACUUCACUUCAACCCUUCUUGCUGAUUGUUAUAGAGCUCCUGAUCCUGUUCAUGGAAAAAGAAACUAUACUUACAUGGAUGUUGUUAGAGCUUAUUUAGGAGGAAGAAAGGUUCAGCUUUGUGGAUUAGCUCAAUAUGCAAAUCUUCUUGGUGUAACCAUUGGUUAUACAAUUACAGCAUCAAUUAGUAUGGUGGCUGUGAAAAGGUCAAAUUGUUUCCACAAGCAUGGUCAUCACGUGAAGUGCCAAACAUCAAACAAUCCUUUCAUGAUCAUCUUUGCUUGUAUUCAAAUUGUUCUUAGCCAAAUCCCAAAUUUUCACAAGCUUUCAUGGCUUUCAAUCCUUGCUGCUGUCAUGUCUUUUACUUAUGCUUCCAUUGGUCUUGGACUCUCCAUUGCUAAAGCUGCAAGUGGGGGAGAACAUGUAAGGACAAGCUUAACUGGUGUACAAGUAGGGGUUGACGUGUCAGGCUCUGAAAAGGUUUGGAGAACAUUCCAAGCUAUUGGGGACAUUGCCUUUGCUUAUGCUUACUCCACCGUCCUCAUUGAGAUUCAGGAUACAAUCAAAGCGAGUCCACCAGAAAAUAAGUCGAUGAAGAGAGCGAGUGGUGUCGGUGUCACGACAACCACUUUAUUCUAUGUACUUUGUGGCAUUGUUGGAUACGCAGCAUUCGGAAACGAUGCACCAGGAAAUUUCCUUACAGGGUUCGGUUUCUACGAACCCUUUUGGUUAAUCGACUUCGCCAACGUCUGUAUUGCUGUCCACCUUAUUGGUGCAUACCAAGUUUUUGCCCAACCGUUAUUUGGGUUCGUCGAAAGCCUGUGCGCCAGACAUUAUCCCGACAACAAGUUCAUAACCCGCGAACACGCUAUGGAUGUUCCGUUCUGCGGCGUUUACUAUCUCAACUUCUUCAGAUUAGUAUGGAGGACAGCGUACGUUAUAGUAACAGCUGUGCUAGCAAUGAUAUUCCCUUUCUUCAACGAUUUCUUGGGUUUGAUCGGAGCUGGUUCGUUUUGGCCAUUAACGGUUUACUUCCCGAUCGAGAUGCACAUUGCGCAAGCGAAAAUACCAAAGUAUUCAUUCAGGUGGGUAUGUUUGAAAAUACUAAGCUGGGUUUGCUUGAUAAUAUCACUUAUAGCAGCAGCUGGAUCUGUUGAAGGACUAAUUCAAAGCCUUAAGACAUAUAAGCCAUUUCAGACUCGGAAUGAGGAGUAAUCCUUGUUUAAAGCUUAGGUUUAUGAAAUACUUAACAUUGUUCAAUAAGACAGAGCUUGCAGGAAAUGUAAUUUAUUGUUGUCUUCACUUAUGUAUUCCAUACGCAAAUCUGCUUGUUGUAGUGUGGUUCCUUUUGAAAGAGAAUAGAGUAACCAAUUUUAAUUUGAUAUAA